AUGUCGACAGUCGCCGACGACCUGCUCAACGAUUUUGGGAGCUCAGGAGAUGAGGCAGACGAGCUGCAGAACGAUGGCCUCGUGCUCACAGAAAAGACGACGAAUGGCGAUCGCGACGCUAUGGAUGUCGACGACGACGACGAAAACGAAGAGGCUUCCGACGACGAGGCAGCGGGUGCGAUGAAUGACAUGGAGGAUACCGAGGCCACCAAGGCAAAGGUCGAGAAGAUGCAGCUUGGAGCCGUCAAAGAUGUUCGCAGCGUCGCCAGUUUGAUGCAGACGCUGGAGCCUAUCCUUGAGAAAAUCACCCAUUUCAAGUCGCAACCUACCUCGCAGCAGACCAACGUCGGCAAUAUCGAAGACCAUCCCGAGUAUCACCUGUUGACACAAUCAAACAGCCUCUCGACCAUGAUAGAUGGCGAAGUCGCGUUGGUUCACAAGUUCAUUCGCGAUCAUUACUCGACCAGAUUUCCCGAACUGGAACGACUCGUUACGACGCCAUUGGAAUAUGCCAAGGUGGUGGCUAUCAUUGGCAAUGGUCCGAUGGACGCGGAGAAUAUCAAGGCGCUCCAGACCUCGACAGAGAACCCUCUUGGCGUUGGGCUCAAAGCCGUCCUCGACGGUCCCUCGCUCAUGAUUGUCACGGUGGAAGCCACAACGUCCAAAGGUCAUGACAUGGUGCCUGAGGAGCUUCAGCGAGUGCGCCAGGCCUGUGAGAUGAUGAUUGCGCUGCACAAGGCGAAGCAAACGCUCACAGAAUAUGUGCAAUCGCGAAUGAAUAUCUUUGCACCCAAUCUAACGAUCCUCAUCGGAUCACUCACAGCAGCGCAACUUCUCAACGCCGCCGGAGGUUUGACAGGCCUAUCCAAGACGCCGGCAUGCAAUAUCCCUUCUUGGGGCUCCAAGAAGCGACAAGCUGGUCUGGCAACCAAUAUCGGAAUUCGUCAGCAAGGAUAUCUCUACAAUUCAGAAAUUAUCCGAGGUAUCCCCAACGACCUAAAGAAACAAGCGAUGAGAAUCGUAGCGGCCAAGCUGGUCUUGGCAGCACGAGUCGAUCGCAUUCAUUCCAGUGCUGAUGGCUCAACGGGAGAGCAGUUAAAGUCUGCCUGCUUGGAAAGAUUAGAGAAGCUUACAGAGCCCCCUCCAAACAAAGGACAGCGAGCACUGCCUGUACCAGAUGACAAACCCGCCAGAAAGCGAGGUGGCCGCCGGGCCAGGAAAGCCAAGGAGGCACUCGCCAUGACCGAACUGCGCAAAGCCCAGAACCGCAUGGCGUUUGGCAAGGAGGAGAAGGAAGUUGGCUACGGCAUGGGCGAGGGCACGGUGGGCAUGGGCAUGAUUGGCCAGUCCAACGACGGGCGCAUCCGAGGCAUGCAAGUCGACCAGCGGACACGAGCCAAAAUCGGCGUCAAGAGCAAAGGCUGGGGAGGAGCCAGCACACUGGGCGGCGGCACGGCAUCGUCAAUCGGAGGCUUUGGCAUGGCUCCCGGCAUGGAUCUUCGGGGCAAAGGACUGCGGUCCUCAGGGGUGGGAACUACUGUUGGCUCUGCUACCGGUACGGCAUCUUCGCUGGCCUUUACCCCUGUCCAGGGCCUGGAGCUUGUCGACCCAAAGGUCCGAGCCGACCUCAAUAAGAAACGCAAGGCUGAGGAAGACCGGUGGUUCAAGGGCGGCAGCUUCACGCAAGUUGGCAACGGCGGAGGAGGCGGUUUCAAGGUGCCAGAAUUGCCGGCCUCUAAGCGGGUCGACACGGGUGCGACGAAGAUGGGGCCGCCUCCGGUGCCGAACCGAAAAUGA